AUGCUCUUCGUGCAAGCCUGGCCGUCCACGGGGCGGUUCUUGCGCAAGGAAAUCCCCACCCCGGCUGAAUUGCGAUACCUGGGGUUUGAUCCCUCUUCGUCAAAGUUGCAGGUGCCGCGAUCACCGUCGCAGACGGAGGAGGAUGCCUUCACCAAACAACUGCGACGGAUCGGUGCUUUGGAAUGGGAGAAUGAAGACAGGUGCGAGGAGGCGUACUUCGGCGAUUCGCUGGACAUAGGCCUCCGCAGAUUUCGGCAGGCAACCUACGGGUGGCCUUCGAGCGGCAAGGGGCUCUGGACGUGGGAGUACGAUGCUCACCCACGCCGGUUGGAACAGGAGGCCGAGCAGCGUGAACUGCUGGCUGCGCUGAAAGGGGCUCAGGAUAUGGAUGAGCAAUGCGCGAUUCUUGAGCGAUUGGGGCUGGCAACUUUCUAUGAGGAUCCAGCGGACUAUCUUCGGCUUGCGGACCUUUACAGGGACAUCAGUGUCUCCCGGAGUCAUCGACGUUUCCAACUUUAUUUCUAUAACCCAAUCACGCAAAACACCAGCAUUCUGUCCUUCAUCAAUCUUCUACGCAAGACCUCCAAGCCCCCCACCAAAAUGCGCGGAAAGGUCACCAUCGAGGAAGCCUUCGAGAUCCCGUCCGAGGCGGAUCAGAGCCGCGACCAGGCGGCGAUUUACGUGGCACCGGACGACCUGGAGCGCUACCUGCGGCAGAUCAAGUCGAUCACGGGGGAGCGGCUGAAGAUCUCGGAGGACAACGGGAUCGGGUACACGGUGCUGUCGCUGACGGUGCCGGGGAUCCAGGGGAUCCGGGAGCGGGAGAAGGCGGAGUCGCACGCGCGCGAGGUGAACAACUACAUCGCGGACAAGAUCAAGGACCACCGCGACCGGCUGGGCGCGUUCGCGGCGCUGUCGAUGCACGACCCGGCGCAGGCGGGCAAGGAGCUGCGGCGCUGCGUGAAGGAGCUGGGCUUUCACGGGGCCCUGCUGAACGACGUGCAGCACACCAACCAGCGCGGCCGCUGCCUGUAUUACGACCAGCCCGAGUACGACGAGUUCUGGCGCGUGGCCGUCGAGCUCGACGUGCCCAUCUACCUGCACCCGGCCGCGCCCACGGGCGACAACUACAAGGAGCACUACGAGAACCGCAAGUACCUGGUCGGCCCGCCGCAGAGCUUCUGCAACGCCGUCGGCCGCCACGUCAUGGGCCUCAUCACCAACGGCGUCUUCGACCGCUUCCCCAACCUCAAGCUGAUCCUCGGCCACCUCGGCGAGCGCAUCCCCUUCGACUUCUGGCGCGCCAACCACUGGAUCAACGACGUCGAGCGGCCCCUCGCCAAGAAGAACGGCGACACCAUGUGCGAGCGCGACGUCCUCCACUACUUCAAGAACAACAUCUACGUCACCACCAGCGGCCACUUCAGCACCAACACCCUGCGCUUCGUCGCCGAGGAGAUCGGCGUCGACCGCAUCAUGUUCAGCGUCGACUACCCCUACGAGAGGCUGGAGAACGGCUGCGGUUGGUUCGACAACAACUCCGACGAGCUCAAGAAGAUCCUCGGCGGCCGCGACGGCUAUCUGCGUGUCGGCAGGGACAACGCCAAGAACGUCCUCAAGCUCUCCAAGUUCAAGGACUCCGACGCCCCCGUCUGA